ACCCCCACCGCAGUAUUUCUUCCCAACAGCACCCGCCAUUUGCUUUCCCAAUUCCUUGCCAUCGCCGUCCCGCCCCCUCCGCCUCCGAUCUCGAAGCCUUCCAUUCCUCGUCCAAGUCCUCUCCAGGAGCCCUAGAUUCCCUCCAGAGGCCCAAUCGGUGCCUACUCUCUCCCACUUUUUUUGCCAAUCUCCGGAAAUGGCGAAUGCAGCGUCAGGGAUGGCUGUGAACGAUGAUUGCAAGCUGAAGUUCUUGGAACUGAAGGCAAAACGGACUUACCGCUUCAUAGUAUUCAAGAUUGACGAGAAGCUGAAGCAGGUUGUUGUGGAGAAGGUCGGCGAGCCCACUCUGGGCUACGACGACUUUUCUGCUAGCCUUCCUACCAACGAAUGCAGAUACGCCGUCUUCGACUUUGAUUUCGUCACUGAGGAGAAUUGCCAGAAAAGCAAGAUCUUCUUCAUCGCAUGGUCACCCGACACUUCUAGAGUGAGAAGCAAGAUGCUUUAUGCCAGCUCAAAAGACAGAUUCAAGAGAGAAUUGGAUGGGAUCCAGGUGGAAUUGCAAGCAACUGAUCCUACCGAGAUGGGACUUGAUGUCAUUAGAGGCCGGGCCAACUAAGUACGUAUUACUGGAAUCUGCAAUGGGAAAUUGCUUCUUGUUAGUUGGUUCUUGAAGGAGUGUUUAUAGUUCUGGUUUGCUGCUCAACUCAAUAUGUUGGUUGUUCUCUAUAAUCGUUUUGGUGGUGUCUACAAACUAAUAUCCUUUGAUAGUUUCGGGAGUUAUAUGGGUAGACCAAACCAUUUUUUGUUUCAGAUGAUGUUAUGUUGGUUCUUUCAGCAACUUUGGUAUGCUUCUUGCUUCUUAUUUCUUAUAUAAUUGCUACAUUUCUGUCAGCUAAUGUUUCUAUGAUACAUAUGCAAAUAGCUACAGUAUGG